AUGAAUCGUCCAAAUCAGACUCAGUUUCCACCUACGUCCUCCAACAACUAUCCGCAGGGUCUUAUCACGAGCGGGCAUCCGGUUCAAGUAAGUUAUGGUGAUUGGCAACAGAAUCACCUUUACCAGCCUCCGGCGCCACGAAACAUAACAUCAGGCAACUGGCGAGGCUCCCAGCCGCCUGUCGAGGUGAUAAAUCCCCAUCGUUCCGGAAACAACACCUACCCCAUCAUGGCAUAUCCACCUCCUCCUCCGACACUCAGCAAUGACGGUGGGCCAGUCAGCAUCUCCGACUGCCUUAAUGGCUUUGCCUAUUGCUUGAAGCGACCUAAUGGUCGAUACACCAGACUCAUCCCAGCAGAUAUGCUUCCGAGUCUCAACGAGCUCCCGGCAACUCAGUCUAGUGCUCAGGGCAUGGUCCUUCUGCCAGACCUGAACAUGAGGCCGCCUCAGGGAGUAUUUGGAAUGAACCAACCUGUAACUGUCAAGAAUAAAAUCGAUCGUAUCGUCGCGACCUUGCCUACACAGCAGCGCAAAACCAAGAUCUACUGCGACAAAUGGGUUCACGAGGGAACAUGCGCUUUUACACAGCAAGGGUGCAAGUACAAGCACGAGAUGCCGUUUGACACGCCUACCCAGCAGUCUCUCGGACUCUUCCAUGGGUUUCCCAAGUGGUGGAGAGAUCAUCAGGAAGAGCUGAAGAAGCAGCACAAGAAGAACUCGUCGACUCCGCGCAACCAAGCCGUCCCCCAAGCGGAUUGGCGUGGUGGCAGUAACGAGGAUACCGCGAAAGCCGCCAUGGUUCAAGCUCCUAUUGGCGCGGAGAGGCUCCAGCCACCUUUCAAUGCCAGCCAUUUCCCUCAAACCCGUGAGGAUAUGGCCAUUGUUGUUGCAAAGCGCCCGCGAACCGGGUCGGAAACAGACUGGGCCGUCAGUCCUUCGACGGUCCAAGGUUGGCCUGGAUCGUCGCGUCAAUCCUCUGCUGGCUCAUUUGAUCAGGGUUAUAGUCGUUAG